UGGAAUGCACCAAUUGCCAAGUGAAUCAGAACAAAGGUCAUGUUUAGCGCUAGCUAGCUAGCUAGGCUAGUAUAGUAUAAAGUUGAACACAAUUAGCUUUGCCUAGUCUAGUAUAGGCUACCUCCCUGAAGCUGUUGAAUUUGUUGACACCAUGACAGAAGUAUCCACAAGAAUUGAUUCCAUCUCGUCAAGAACCUCGAUCAAUAACAACAAACAACGAACCAACCCUGUUUCUUAUGGCUCUUUCACUCCUUACUGUGUGAUAGACUCUGAAUACCUUAAAUCCCUUAUUGGUGGGAAAGACAACAGUUGUGAACUAGUAGAAUCUGCCUCUUUACAGCCCGUACCAGGAGCGUACUUUCCCUCAUCCUUAGGAAGCCAGUCCCCCACAGAAGACGGAGGUUCCAGUCCCGAGUCAGGUGUCUACUCCCCUCGAGGAGCAAGUCUGCACUCUUCACUAAGAACGUACUCGUCCGCUUUCUUUAGCGAGUGCGAUAUUCAACUCAGUAAAUUAUUUGCUUUCAUGGAGUUCCAUUUGUCGAAAGUUGAAGCGCAAGUUAAUCUCGUGAGACGUGUUGAAAGUAAAGGAAGCAUCCACAAUCCAAGUCACCACACAAUCGAAUCUGAUGACAUCAGCGACGAUUCUGGUGUGUGCGAGACUGAAUCUAAAACUCUUCUACAAACCCUCCAGAGUGAUCGUGAAGAAGGUGCCCUCAGUAUUCUCUCUCGGUUACGUGAAGUGCUAGUGAGCAUUCAAGAAAGCCUCUCUUCAAGUUUCAAUGCCCUUCAUUCCUUGAUUGACAUGCAUGACCAUCACCAUGCCAACAAGAAGGGAGCGUCUUUCCUCGAGAAGAAGACUCCUAGACGAAACGAGCUUGAGAAGAAGAUGGAAUCGUGUUUGGAAAAUCUGGAUUACGAGAUGAACAAACUUCAUCGAAAACAAGACCUAAAGAUUGAUGGCCUGGGACAUGUACGGGGUCGCUCAGAGAGUGAGAUCACAGUCAAUGUACGCCAAUCCUCAACAAGCUGCAUCACCUACUUCCAUGCUGCCCUAUUUGUGAUCAUACUUGGAUUAAUUGCCUACAUGUACGAGUAUGACUACAGUGAUGACAAAUGGACUGUCUAUUUACGUCUUCUCCGUGGACCUUUUCUCGUUUUACUUUUCCUCUAUUUCUACGCCACCAACAUGAAGGUGUGGGCACUCAAGCAUAUCGACUAUGUCAGGAUUUUCAACCACCAUCCUCGAGCUACCCCCACUCCAAACUAUGUAUACAAAGUCGCCGGUUGUUUCUGUGUGUUCUUUACCCUUCUGGUGAUUAUUCUGCUCAUCUCUUCUCCGUUCACUAACGAAGUUCCAGGGAAGAUUGUGCCGUUGAUCAUGUGGCUAUCGUUCAUCGUUUUCCUCGUGAAUCCACUAAACAUUUUCAAGAGAAAAGGGCGAGUUUCACUGCUGCUAGUGUUUGUGCGAAUUCUCCUGGCUCCCUUCACGUUUGUCUACUUUGGUGAUUUCUGGCUAGCUGACCAACUGAACAGCACUGUGGCUUUGCUGUUGGACCUUCAGUAUAUGACUUGCUACAUGAUUGCAGACACCUGGUACGGCAAUGUGGAUACUUCUGUGUGUACGUCGAGUGGUAAUGGGAUUCGUCCCGUUCUUUCUUGCCUCCCUGCCCUCUGGCGCCUUCUACAGUGUCUACGCUGUUUCUAUGAUACCUGGGAAAAAAAGCAUCUACUGAAUGCAUUGAAGUACUUCACAACGUUUCCCGUUGUUGUCUUUGCUACCAUGUUUGCCACGAAAGUCACGCCUGGUUUUGUCAUAUGGAAGCUGAAUUUUACUGAAGUUGGUUGGAUUCUCAUUCUCUGGCUUAUUUCUGCGUUUGUCCACGCCGUGUACACCUUCAUCUGGGAUAUAUACUGCGACUGGGGACUGUGGAAUUUCUCAAAAGGAACAUUCUUUCGACCGAAUUUGGUGUACAGGUACAAGAUCAUAUAUUUUGGCGCCAUGUGUCUGGAUCUUAUUCUGAGGUUUGCCUGGGCCCUGAAGGUCUCUCUGGCCAUUGUCUGGCACCUGGACUCAGAUUUGAUUUACACAGGGCUCAUUAUUGCUGAAAUAGUAAGAAGAUUCAUCUGGAACUUCUUUAGGGUUGAGUAUGCCCAUGUUCUGGAUACAAACCAGCCCAAGAAAUGAUCUCCCACAGCUCCCUAACUCUGUGACCAUACAACCAUAGCUAGUACAUGUUUGAUGUUAAUAAUAUAUUUUUAAUUUGUGAGUGUAAAUUGCAUAAUCUUCUUAAUUAAUGUAUUACUUAAAGUUUAACUCCUCUGUGUAAAUGUAUACAAUACAUUUAAGAGUAGCUAGCUAUAAUUAAUGUGUAACAUUGUUCUCAUUGUGUGAAUCCA